AUGAAGAAAUAUUCAUCAUUUUUGCACUUCCACGAAUCGGAUUGUGACAUAGGAGGGUCUUCAACUUGUGAAUCUGUGCUUUCUUUCAACACAGAAAAAAUUCUGAGUCAAGCGAAGUUGCUUGCAGAGCAAAAACGGUUUCCAUUUGCUACGGACAAUGACAACACAAAUGAAGAAUUGGCAAUUGCUUAUGUGUUGAUUGGCAACGGCUUGUAUGAUGAAGCCAUACGACAUUUCUCAACAAUGCUGCAGGAAGAACCAGAGCUGGUUAGUGCAAUUUAUGGGCGAGGGAUAGCGUAUGGAAAAAAAGGACUACAUGAUAUGAAAAAUGCUGAACUUGCUCUGUUUGAGCUGAGUAGGGUGAUUAGUCUAGAACCAGAUCAUCCUGAAGUAUUCGAACAGCGAGCAGAAAUAUUGUCCCCACUAGGACGAAUCAGUGAAGCGUUAUCUGAUCUCACCAAAGCUAUUCAGCUACAACCAUCAGCACGUCUCUACAGGCACAGAGGUACCCUUUACUUCAUAUCUGAGGAUUAUGCAACAGCCCAUGAAGAUUUUCAGCACUCGUUGGAACUGAACAAAAACCAGCCUAUAGCUAUGCUUUAUAAAGGCUUAACCUUUUUUCACAGAGGACUUUUGAAGGAAGCCAUUGAGUCAUUCAAAGAAGCUCUGAAGCAGAAAGCAGACUUCAUAGAUGCAUAUAAAAGUCUGGGACAAGCCUACAGAGAACUUGGCAACUUCGAUGCUGCCACAGAGAGCUUCCAGAAGGCUUUGCUGCUAAAUCAAAAUCAUGUUCAGACAUUACAGCUCAAAGGAAUGAUGCUUUAUCAUCAUGGUAGCUUAGAUGAAGCACUAAAGAAUUUUAAGAGAUGUCUACAGCUAGAGCCGUACAAUGAAGUAUGCCAGUACAUGAAAGGUCUCAGCCAUGUUGCAAUGGGACAGUUUUAUGAAGGCAUAAAAGCUCAGACUAAAGUUAUGUUAAAUGAUCCACUACCGGGUCAGAAGGCCAGCCCAGAAUAUCUGAAAGUGAAAUACCUCCGAGAGUAUUCUAGAUACUUGCAUGCGCAUUUGGAUACCCCUCUUACAGAGUAUAAUAUUGAUAUAGAUCUUCCUGGAAAUUUCAAGGACCACUGGGCCAAAAAUCUUCCUUUUCUCAUAGAAAAUUAUGAAGAACAGCCAGGGUUACAGCCACAUAUAAAAGAUGUGUUAUUUCAGAAUUUUGAAAGCUAUAAGCCUGAUGUGCAAGAACUCAUAUGUGCAGCUGAUCAUCUGGGUUCCAUGAUGCAGUAUGAGACACCAGGAUUUCUUCCAAAUAAAAGAAUACAUAGAGCAAUGGGGCUGGCCACUCUGGAAGUAAUGCAAGCUGUGCAGCGGACUUGGGCAAACUCAAAAGUUAGAAUGAACGGGAAAACCAGACUGAUGCAGUGGAGAGAUAUGUUUGAUAUUGCUGUGAAGUGGCGAAGGAUAGCUGACCCUGACCAGCCUGUGCUUUGGUUGGACCAAAUGCCUGCCCGAAGCCUUAGCAGAGGUUUCAAUAAUCACAUUAACUUAAUCAGGGGACAGGUCAUUAACAUGCGGUACCUGGAAUAUUUUGAGAAAAUUCUUCAUUUUAUCAAAGAUAGGAUCCUUGUUUAUCAUGGUGCUAAUAAUCCAAAAGGACUAUUAGAGGUUCGAGAAGCUUUGGAAAAGGUACAUAAAGUAGAAGAUCUUCUUCCCAUAAUGAAGCAGUUUAACAGUAAAACAAGAGAUGGGUUUACUGUGAACACAAAAGUCCCCAGCCUCAAGGAUCAAGGGAAAGAAUAUGAUGGAUUCACAAUUACAAUAACAGGAGAUAAAGUGGGGAACAUAUUAUUUUCAGUAGAAACUCAGACAACAGAAGAGAGAACACAGCUGUAUCAUGCAGAAAUAGAUGCGCUAUAUAAGGAUCUAACAGCCAAAGGAAAAAUUCUAAUUCUGUCUGCAGAGCUGGGGGAAGUAGAUGCUGUUUGCAACUUGAUCCUGUCAUUAGUUUAUUACUUCUAUAAUUUAAUGCCACUUUCAAGAGGAUCUAGUGUGAUAGCUUAUUCAGUGAUCAUGGGAGCACUAAUGGCAAGUGGAAAAGAAGUAUCAGGAAAAAUCCCUAAAGGAAAGCUGGUUGAUUUUGAAGCAAUGACAGCACCAGGGUCUGAAGCUUUUAGCAAAGUAGCAAGGAGCUGGAUGAAUCUAAAAAGUAUUUCACCUUCUUACAAGAGUCUACCAUCAGUAUCAGAGACUUUUCCAACCCUGAGAACGAUGAUUGAAGUACUAAAUACAGACUCAUCUCAUUGUCUAAGAAAAACUAUAGUUGUUGUAUAAUUUAUACAAAUAAAAGGCCAAGAGGUACUGCUUCAUA